AAUCCAAUUGUCUGCAAGUAGUCACUAGAUUCACAUCUCACAACAACAAAGUCUUCCAAGAAACACAAAAAAAAAGUGUGGUGAAUUGAGGUUCACAACAAUGGCAGCCUCAUUACAAGCUGCUGCUACAUUCAUGCAGCCAACCAAGAUUGGUGUCUCUAACCGACUCCAGCUCAAGUCUUCUCAGAGCCUUUGUAAGGCUUUCGGUGUCGAGUCAGCUGGAGCCAGAAUCAGCUGCUCACUUCAAUCUGAUCUUAAAGACUUCUCUCAGAAGUUCACCGAGGCGGCCAAGAUUGCCGGUUUUGCUCUAGCAACUUCUGCCCUUGUCGUUUCGGGAGCAGGUGCUGAAACAAAAAGGCUAACUUUUGAUGAAAUCCAAAGUAAGACAUACAUGGAAGUCAAGGGAACAGGUACAGCUAACCAGUGCCCAACCAUUGAAGGUGGAGUCGAUGGAUUUGCGGUCAAACCCGGAAAAUACAACGCCAAGAAGUUCUGCUUAGAACCCACUUCAUUCACAGUCAAAGCUGAGGGUGUGAGCAAGAACUCUGCACCAGACUUCCAAAAGACCAAACUCAUGACCCGUUUGACCUACACCCUCGAUGAAAUUGAGGGCCCAUUGGAAGUUUCACCUGAUGGCACCCUCAAGUUCGAAGAAAAAGAUGGUAUUGAUUACGCUGCAGUGACAGUUCAACUUCCAGGAGGGGAACGUGUGCCAUUCUUGUUUACCAUCAAACAACUUGUAGCAUCGGGUAAACCCGAGAGCUUUGGUGGGGAAUUUUUAGUGCCAUCUUACAGAGGUUCUUCUUUCCUUGACCCAAAGGGUAGAGGUGGUUCCACCGGUUAUGACAAUGCCGUUGCUCUACCAGCAGGAGGCAGAGGAGAUGAAGAGGAGCUUUCUAAGGAGAAUGUAAAGAAUGUUGCAGCAUCAACCGGGAAAAUCACCUUGAGUGUUACCUCAAGCAAGCCCGAGACUGGUGAACUGAUUGGUGUGUUUGAGAGUAUUCAGCCUUCAGAUACUGAUUUGGGGGCCAAGGUUCCCAAAGAUGUGAAAAUUCAAGGUGUCUGGUAUGCUCAGUUGGAGUAAUAAGAGUGUAUGUUAUAGUUUGAUGUAUUUGUUUUCUUGAUUUAUGAUUUGUGCUCAACUAUAAAAAGGUGAUGAUCGAAAAGUUUUUCUCUGACCCCAAUGAAGAGCUACUGAGAUUAUCUUGCA